AUGCGAUCGAAUGAAGAAUGCCGUGGUGAAAACUGGAUAUUUUUACCAGGUGCAGCAGUUACUGCGGGGAUUGUCUUAUUUAUCUCUUCGCUGUACUUCCGACGUCGAUCCGACCUCGGGAUGAUCUUCUCCGCAUUAGUUGGAGAUAAGAGCACUUUCAUAGCUGAGGGGAAAUUCUGGCAUUAUCUCUUGUUAUUAUUCAACUGUUUUGGAGUGGAAUUCGACUUGAAGAGUCUUUUUUAG